AUGGAUGACAACACUCGUACAGUUUGGGUGGCGGCUGGUGGUGACGUGGGCGUGAGUGAAGACCAUCAGGUGGCUUGCCAGGUGGUCGCCGGCGGUGUGGGCAUGUACGUGGACCCACUGGUGGCUUGGCAGGUGGUCGACGGUGGCGUGGGCAUGUACGCGGACCAUCGGGCGACUUGGUGGGCAGUCAACAGCGGCGUGGAUGUGGACAAGGACCCUUGGAUGGUUUGGCUGAAGUGUGGUCGGACCAGGCGAGCCAUCGUCCUCAGACUGAGUGUGGCAGGAUCAGGCGAGGCGUGGCAUGACCAGGAAAUGGUGUGGCAACCACAGGCAACAAAACUGGACCAGAUGGUGGCAAGAGUGGACCAGAAGAGCUCAAACGUCCCCAGUGGUCAGUCGGCCCAGCAGCAUCAAACAUACCUGGACUCCAUAUUUAUGUUGCUGGAGGACAAGAUCAUCACUUUUGUGAAGAAAGAGCUGAAGAAGAUCCAGAAAGUUCUGAGUCCUGAUUACCCAGAAUGCUUAGAGAGUCAGAGGAGCAGCAGCAGAGAGGCAUUUGUAAAGAUCACAGUGGACUUCCUGAGGAGAAUGAAGCAGGAGGAGCUGGCUGACCAACUUUCUACUGCCGCUUGUCAACGUCAGCUUAAAUCUAAGCUACAGAAGAAGUUCCAGUGUGUGUUUGAGGGCAUCGCUAAAGCAGGAAACCCAACCCUUCUGAAUCAGAUCUACACAGAGCUCUACAUCACAGAGGGAGGGACUGGAGAGGUCAAUGAUGAACAUGAGGUCAGACAGAUUGAAACAGCAUCCAGGAAACCAGACAGACCAGAAACAACAAUCAGACAAGAAGACAUCUUUAAAGCCUCACCUGGAAGAGAUGAACCAAUCAGAACAGUGCUGACAAAGGGAGUGGCUGGCAUUGGGAAAACAGUCUUAACACAGAAAUACACCCUGGACUGGGCUGAAGACAAAGCCAACCAGGACAUCCAGUUCAUAUUUCCAUUCACUUUCAGAGAGCUGAAUGUGCUGAAAGAGGACAAGUUCAGCUUGGUGGAACUUGUUCAUCACUUCUUUACUGAAACCAAAGAAGCAGGAAUUUGCAGCUUUGAAGACUUCCAGGUUGUGUUCAUCUUUGAUGGUCUGGAUGAGUGUCGACUUCCUCUGGACUUCCACAAAACUACAAUCCUGACUGACCCUAGAAAGUCCACCUCAGUGGAUGUGCUGCUGAUAAACCUCAUCAGGGGGAAACUGCUUCCCUCUGCUCGCCUCUGGAUAACCACACGACCUGCAGCAGCCAAUCAGAUCCCUCCUGACUGUGUUGGCAUGGUGACAGAGGUCAGAGGGUUCACUGACCCACAGAAGGAGGAGUACUUCAGGAAGAGAUUCAGAGAUGAGGAGCAGGCCAGCAGGAUCAUGUCCCACAUCAAGACAUCCCGAAGCCUCCACAUCAUGUGCCACAUCCCAGUCUUCUGCUGGAUCACUGCUACAGUUCUGGAGGAUGUGCUGGAAACCAGAGAGGGAGGACGGCUGCCCAAGACCCUGACUGAGAUGUACAUCCACUUCCUGGUGGUUCAGGCCAAAGUGAAGAAGGUCAAGUAUGAUGGAGGAGCUGAGACAGAUCCACACUGGAGUCCAGAGAGCAGGAAGAUGGUUGAGUCUCUGGCAAAACUUGCUUUUGAUCACUUGCAGAAAGGAAACCUGAUCUUCUAUGAAUCAGACCUGACAGAGUGUGGCAUCGAUAUCAGAGCAGCCUCAGUGUACUCAGGAGUGUUCACACAGAUCUUUAAAGAGGAGAGAGGACUGUACCAGGACAAGGUGUUCUGCUUCAUCCAUCUGAGUGUUCAGGAAUUUCUGGGUGCUCUUCAUGUCCAUCUGACCUUCAUCAACUUUGGACUCAAUCUGCUGGAAGAACAACAAACAACCUCUACAUGGUCUAAACUAUUUAACAAACCAAAACUUAAAUCUCUCCACCAGAGUGCUGUGAACAAGACCUUACAGAGUCGAAAUGGACAUCUGGACUUGUUCCUCCGCUUCCUCCUCGGUCUUUCACUGCAGACCAAUCAGACUCUCCUACGAGGUCUGCUGACACAGACAGGAAGUAGCUCACAGACCAAUCAGGAAACAGUCCAGUACAUCAAGGAGAAGCUCAAUGAGAAUCUGUCUGCAGAGAAAAGCAUCAAUCUGUUCCACUGUCUGAAUGAACUGAAUGAUCGUUCUCUAGUGGAGGAGAUCCAACAGUCCCUGAGAUCAGGAAGUCUCUCCACAGAUGAACUGUCUUCUGCUCAGUGGUCAGCUCUGGUCUUCAUCUUACUGUCAUCAGAAAAAGAUCUGGAUGUGUUUGACCUGAAGAAAUACUCUGCUUCAGAGGAGGCUCUUCUGAGACUGCUGCCAGUGGUCAAAGCCUCCAACAAAGCUCUACUGAGUAGCUGUAACCUCUCAGAGAGAAGCUGUGAAGCUCUGUCCACAGUUCUCCAUUCCCAGUCCUCGAGUCUGAGAGCACUGGACCUGAGUAACAAUGACCUGCACGAUUCAGGAGUGACGCUUCUGUGUUCAGAACUGAAGAGUUCACAUUGCACAAUGGAAACUCUGAGACUGAGCCUCUGCAAACUCUCAGAGAGAAGCUGUGAAGUUCUGUCCACAGUUCUGAGUUCCCAGCAUCCCAGUUUGAGAGAGCUGGACCUGAGUAACUCCGACCUGAAGGACUCAGGAGUGAAACUUUUAUCUGUGGGACUCAAGAGUCCACAGUGCAAAGUGGAAUCUCUCAGGGUGGAGCCUGCUGGAGUCCGAUGGUUGAGACCAGGUCUGAGGAAGUAUUCCUGUCAACUCACAAUCAACACAAACACAGUGAACACAAACCUCCAACUGUCUGACAACAACAGGAAGGUGACACAUGUGGAGGAGGUUCAGUCAUAUCCUGAUCAUCCAGACAGAUUUGAUGAGUUGAAACAGCUGCUGUGUAGAAAUGGUCUGACUGGUCGCUGUUACUGGGAGGUCCAGUGGAGUGGAAGGGUUGAUAUAUCAGUGAGUUACAGAAGCAUCAGAAGGAAAGGACGCAGUAAAAACUGCUUGUUUGGAAAUGAUGAUCAGUCGUGGAGUCUGUUCUGCUCUGAUGGUGGUCCUGUUUGUGUUUAUCACAAUAAUAGAAAAACACCCAUCUCCUCCUCCUCCUCCUCCUGUGUCUCUAACAGAGCAGCAGUGUAUGUGGACUGUCCUGCUGGCACUCUGUCCUUCUACAGAGUCUUCUCUGACACUCUGAUCCACCUCCACACCUUCAACACCACAUUCACUGAAACUCUUUACCCUGGGUUUGGAGUCUGGUCUGGUGCCUCAGUCUUUGUGCUGAGUUGAGUGUAAAGAGUGUCUCCUGUUAGAGAAACACUCUGACAGUCCCUGU